GGCGGCCGGCCUUCUCAGGAAAAGCUGAGGGAAGGGAGGAUGUGGUGGCGGCGAAUCCCGGCGGCGCCCGCCAGGUGCUGAGAGGGAGAGAGCGCGCGAGAGAGGCGGCAGAGCGCGCGCGCGCGGGAAAAAGGCCCAUGGCGGAGUUCCUGCCGGUGCCCGGGCUGUUUCUGCGAGAGGAGCCGCUUCCCGGGCCGGAUGCGUCCGAGACGGAGGCCGAGCUGUCCCUCAGCCUGGCGCGCACCAAGACCCGCUCGUACGGGAGCACGGCCACCGUGGCGGCGCCGCUGGCCGAGCGCUACGUAGAGCAUCGCCUCAGCGCCAGCGACACCUUGCAAGGCAUCGCGCUCAAGUACGGCGUGACGAUGGAGCAAAUAAAAAGGGCAAAUAAACUGUUCACCAAUGACUGUAUAUUUCUGAGAAAAACAUUGAAUAUCCCUGUUAUAUCUGAGAAGCCUUUGCUGUUUAAUGGACUUAACUCAUUGGAGUCUCCUGAAAAUGAAGCUGACACCCCCUCUUCUUGUGAAGAUGGACCAGUGACAGUUCAGGAAGACAACUCUUCACCCAGUCCUCAAGAGCCUGACAAUCAGCUCCCUCCACCUGAAGAAUUAUCUGCCAAAGAUUUUCUACAUAGACUGGACUUGCAGAUUAAGAUGUCCAAGCAGGCAGCUUGGAAACUAAAACCUGAAGAUAACAGGGAGGACGAUGAGGAAGACUCCUAUGCAACUUCUUAUCAGCAGUAGAAGAUGACUGAAGAGCUGGAAUCAAAACUGUUCUUAAAGAACUAAAUGUCUGAGGAUUCAAAAGCAAACCUUUUGGAUUGAUUUAUUAUGGUGUACUUGUUACAAGUCGUAUAUAGGUAAUUCCACUAAUUAUACUUGCACUAAAAUUAUUUGACCUUUGCCUUCUGCAGGCCAACAUCCUUUUACUAUACAUUAAUAAAGGAAUUUAUCCUUCCAAAACUAGUAAUUGCCUUCGUAUUUCUGCUAUGAAAAUAUAUCCCUGAGACAACUCUGAAUCAGGAUCGUUAGGAAACAGCUGUAUAUACUUAUAAGAUAAGGUAUAAGGAAGAAUAAGUAUUUAUGAUGAAAGUCAUUAUUAUGGAGCCUUGAGAUAGAUAAGCCUGUCAUGUAGAUUUUGUGCAUAUCAAAGCUGACGGAUGCAGCUCUGAAUAUUUUUUCUCCGUGUGUGUGUACAUGUGUCUUUAUACAGAUAUAAAAAUAUGUAUAGAAAGAUAUUUGUUCUUAAAAUGAACCAGUUUUAACUGUUUUGGAAAGCAGUUGAGGUUUUAAAGUAUGUAUGGCACAAUUCCUUGCUUGGAGACUUUUUUAAACAAAGGGAAAAACCUUGGUAAAAAUGUAUUUUUCUUUGUGUCAGGGUAAUGUUCGAAACAUAGAUACUUGUGUGCAGAUAUAUGUAGUUUUCAUGUAAUAAAAGCAAAAUGCACUUUAAGAAAGUGAAUUGUCUUUGUUUUUCAGCCUAUCUGUAUAGAAAAUACAGAAUGUUUGGUGCUUUGCAAAUACAUUUCAAAAUUAUGCUUUUCUGUUUCAUUUGAGUGUAUUAAAAUAUCCUAAGUUGUCAAA